GGUGACUGUUUUAGCAGCAUGUCACCACUGCCCUCCCAGUCGAGAGCCUUUGGUGUGGGAGAACGAGAUCCCUGUGACUUCAUGGGACCUUACUCCAUGAAUCCAUCCACACCUUCUGAUGGCACUUUUGGCCAAGGCUUCCACUGUGACUCUCCCAGCCUGGGUGCUCCUGACCUUGACAGCAAGCAUUUCCCACCACUGGCCCACCCACCCACAGUGUUUGAUGCUGGCCUGCAGAAGGCCUACUCACCCACCUGUUCACCGACACUAGGCUUCAAGGAAGAGUUGCGGCCACCACCUUCAAAGCUGACUGCCUGUGAGCCCCUCAAGCAUGGUCUUCAGGGGGCUAGCCUGAGCCAUGCAGCCCAGGCCCACCUGAGCUGCCGGGACCUACCGCUAGGCCAGCCUCACUAUGAGUCCCCUAGUUGCAAGGGUACAGCCUAUUGGUACCCACCAGGUUCAGCUGCCCGCAGCCCACCUUAUGAAGGCAAGGUGGGUUCAGGGCUGCUGGCUGACUUCCUGGGCAGGACGGAGGCUGUCUGCCUCAGUGCCCCUCACCUGGCUAGCCCACCAGCCACGCCCAAGGCCGACAAAAAGGAGCCAUUGGAGAUGACCCGGCCCCAGUCCACCCGUGGCCCUGCUGCAGCCACUGCUGGCUAUGGCUGCCCACUCCUUAGUGACUUAACUCUGUCCCCUGUGCCGAGGGACUCGCUGCUGCCCCUGCAGGACACUGCCUACAGGUAUCCAGGCUUUAUGCCGCAGACACACCCUGGUCUGGGUGGGGGCCCUAAGAGUGGCUUCCUGGGGCCCAUGGCGGAACCUCACCCUGAGGACACAUUUACCGUCACCUCCCUGUAGUACCAACUGAAGUGCCGACUGGACCACGAGGUUUUGUUCCUGGCUUUCAGAAGACCAAUGCCAAGACCCCUCCCAGCGUCCACAUCAUCCUCUGGCAGGAGCGCCUGCCCCUCUGCCUCCCACCUGCCCCUUGCACCCCCUGCAGCCCCAUAUCCCACCCCACGACCCCUCCUUGCCCAUCUCCUCCACGCAGAAGCCGAAGGUGAGCCCUUUCUGCACAAAACCAGCAAUUGUAAAUACUUUUUAAAAUGUACAAAACUUAAAAACAAAACACAGUUUUAGAAA